AGUCUCUCACCGUUCAUAUCAUAUUUAUAUAUUGGUAAGGUGGUAAUAGUGCAGACGUUACAUGCAUUGUAUUGAAACCCAAAGUUUAUUUCUCGAGAAGCAAGCGGAUCAGAGCCUUUCAAUCCAUCUUUAUUACUUUGUUCUCUGUUCUUCUUUAUCUUUCUUUGUUAAAAAACAAACCUUUCUCCUCUGUUUUAGAUGGCAAUACAAGCGCAGCUGAGUUACAACGCUCCGUUCAUCGGAACUGGUGGCUCCGAGCUUUCUUUGAUCAACAACGAUGGUGGUAUCGGAAUCAAUCAGUCGUAUAUGAACAACCAGCAAGCUCUGUUUCAUACCCAACAGAACCGUUCUCAGAGCUUUUUCGACGCUCAUAUGGAGAAACAGAGGCGAGAGAUUGAUCAGUUCAUCAGAGUUCAGAGCGAGAGGUUGAGAUACGCGUUGCAAGAACAGAGGAAGCAAGAAACAGAGACGAUCUUGAGGAAAAUGGAAGCGAAAGCUCUGGUUUUGAUGGCGCAGAAGGAAGAAGGGAUGUCGAGAGCGUUGAGCAAGAACAUGGAGCUCGAGAAUCUGUUGAGGAAGAUGGAGACGGAGAACCAAACUUGGCAGAGAGUGGCUCGUGAGAACGAAGCGAUGGUCGCAACGCUCAACUCGACCCUUGAACAGGUUCGAGAGAGAGCCGCCACGUGUCGCAACGACGUUACAGCGGCGGAGGAUGAAGGGUCUUUCUGUGGAGAUAAUUUUCCGAUGAGUAGUUGUUGCUUGAACUGUGGGUUGAAUGGUGAGACAAGAGUGUUGUUUCUGCCGUGUAGGCAUCUCUGUUGCUGCACGGGUUGUGAGGACGGUCUAGUUCUUUGUCCGAUCUGUAAUACACCCAAGAAGAAUAGAAUCGAGGCCUCUGUUUUCUAGAACGGAGAGAUUUUUACUCCGGGAGAUGACGUGGCAGGGUGAUUUGGUGUUUUCUGAAAAGUGUAGGGGUUAAAACUUAAAAGGAAAGGUAGACUAGGAAAGUUAUCCAGAAGUAAAUUCCUAUUUUGUUUGUUCUUUUGUUUCUUUUGCAUCAAUGGGAAAGAAGAAAUCCAACUGGAUAUAAAGAACAUAGUCAUAUUUUCCCUUAUCUAAUGAAUUUUGGAUAUUAUUUUUA